AUGAACUCCAAAGUGCUCCAUCGCUUUCUGCGCGGAAUAGCAAAUCUCGCGCUGCAUUCGUUCUUCACCGAGGUUCGCGUCAUUGGCAGCGAGAACGUGCCCAGAAAUGGGCCUAUCAUUGCUGCUGCGACCCAUCACAACAUGAUGCUCGACCCAGUCAUCUUGUCAUGCACGUUCCCCUACAAGCGCAUGCUCAAUUACUGGAGCAAGGCAAGCCUCUUCAAAAACCCUGUCAUGAAGUGGAUCCUCCUCUCUUCGGGCAACAUACCCGUCGACCGCAAAUCCAAAGAUCGUCAGGUCCUUUUCAAGGGCACUUUCGAUGCAUUGUCGCGCGGGGAAGCUGUUGCUGUCUUCCCCGAAGGCACGAGCUACACCGAGCCUCGUAUCAUGCAGGUCAAGGACGGUGUUGCCUGGGCUUCCCUCGAGUACUGCAAGUGGAGGCAACUCAAUCCGGGGAAGGGACACGACGAGGACGUCAAGAUCAUCCCCGUAGCGAUAGUCUACACGAACAAGUCUAAGUACAGGAGUUGCGUCAUCAUCGAGUUCGGAAAACCCAUCACGAUGGACCCGUACAAGGACCAUUUCCUAUCCCCCACUGAGGGCGCAUCCCGCGCGGCCGUCAAGCGCGUGACCCAUCAGUUGGCAAUGCAGCUCUUCGAGAUGACAGUGAACGCGCCCGACUGGGACACACUGUACGCUGCAAGGAUGGCUCGCGACAUCAUGUGGGAAGGCGAGAGAGCUUUGGACCUCGACCACUUUGUCGCUGUCUCUCAAACCCUCGUCGACCUCUUCGCUACUCCCAACUCUACCGGCAAUGCUGUCUCAGUCAAGCGCCGCCUCCUCGAGUACUACUCCCUUCUACAGUCUACCCGCCUCUCCAACUCCGUCCUCUCUGCACUACCCCUCCCCCGCACGCUCGACCCCAAGUCAUCCGCCACGCUGCCCUCGCGCUUGUACACCCUCGCAAUCCUGCUGCGUGACUCGCUGUCCUCCCUCGCGCGGUUGCCCUUUUUCCUCUUCCCUCUCAUCGUACAUGCCCCGGUGUAUGUCAUGGGUCGUCUUGGCGCUCGCAUGGUCAAGGACGAAGAGGAGACGCAGGCGCAGAACAAGGUUGCGUUUGGUUUCUUGUCACUGCUGCUAGUGUACCCGACGGCGUUCUUCUUUUUGUGGGCCCUGUUCUUGUACACAAGGACGGGUGCGAUCCUAGCGUUCGUGACGGUCGCGCUAUUUGCGAGGUAUCACAACCAGAUGAUUAACGAUAACUACGAACAUGCCAAGCGGCUCAUCGCGACUUGGCGCGUCCUCAUUGGCGUCUGGGCGCCCAAGCGGUGGGAGUACCCCCUCGCCAAUCUUACCCAAUACACCACUCCCGCCAUCCCCAAGCCCAGCGAAUGGGUCACACGCCGGCCCUCGCCAUCGCCCAGCUCCUCUCCCAAUCCUGGCAACAGCACGUCCCCCGCGCCUCAGGGUCGCAACGCCACAUCUCCCGCUUCUGCCUCGUCCUCAUCCUCCCUCAUCCCACCCCAGCUACCGCCCGACCUUCAGCUCGGCACGGACAUCGAGCCGCCGGUCAAGUCGCGCACCCGCCGCCCACCAUCGCGCCGGAUCAUGCGCCACGUCCUGCGCGCGCGCAUCGAGGCCGUGCGUGCGCUCGCAAGCCUGUUCGAGCAGCUCGAGCGCGAGCCCAGCAAGCGGUUGCGCGCGAGCGCUCACCUCGCGAAGGCGUACGGCGGUCUGGUGGAAGAGAGCAAGGGCGCGGAGAUCAAGGCGGACGGCACGUCGGCGAGCGCGAGCGAGGACGUGCUGGCGCUGCCGGAGGGGUGGCGCACGGCGCGGGAGGUGAUUGACUACCUGCGUGCGCGGGGCGGGAAGAUCCCGCGGUUGGGCGGUGCGGAGAGGGAGGAGGGGGAGUGGGCGGCGGCCUUGAGUAGCGAUGGGGAGACGAACUACAGUGGGACGGCGACGGCGGACGAGGAGCUGGAGUGGGUGCCGUCGAGUGCAUGA